GCAAUGAAACUUAAUCUGGAGCAUAAAAUAACACAAUUGUUGUUAUCUGUUCUAAAGUUUCGGUUUGUACGGGGAAUUCCCGUCUAGUAUUCAAUGGUUUUAUUACCAUACGUCUUUUUAAACUGGCGGCUCGAACGAUUUUUCUUAACAUAGCUUUAUAAAUAUGUACAUUUUGUAAAUACUUGUGCCAGUAUGUUAAGUCCUUCAAAUUACUUAACGUUGUACAGCAACGUACGCUCUAAAGAAAUUGAAAAGUCUGACACUAAAACUGAGGAAAUUAAACUUGCAAUUAAAAAUAUUGAAAAAGUGUACAAACCAAAUUCGAAAUUUUGGGUCGAGAAAUUUGAUCAAAAAGCCAAUUACGAUGAUCCUGCUUACAGAUGUGCAUAUUUGUUUAAAUAUGCUUCCUUGCACACAUUUUUAGUGCAGGAUAUAUUUACCAGAGUUUUAAUAGAGUGUUCGGCUGUUAUGAAUCCUAUAUUUUGGAGUCAUAACAAUUGUGUUAAUAUUUGCAGUCUCGGUGGUGGACCAGGAAUUGAUGCCAUUGGGAUUAUUUCUGCAUUGCACAGAAGAUUUGGACUCGUUUGUUGCUCUACGAAAAUUCUCGAAUUGAUGCCCGGAUGGAAGGAUACCUUUGAUUCGAUUUUAGGUGAAUUUCGGAACAAUCAUUAUGGAUUGUCUGGGAAUCUUACGCCACAGUAUUUUCAGUUUUCAUACGUAGAGGCUGACUUGCUGGGCAAGAUGGACAGCGUUGUAAAGAAAACUAUAAGCUCAGCAAAUUUGAUAACUAUGGUUAAGUUUCUCUCUGCUGUAACUUGUGUGGAUACUGCACAAAUGAUCAGAAACAUUUUCAAGUCAAUGCGUCCUGGCGCAGUAGUUUUCAUUAUUGACAAUGCAGCUGGUGGAUACAGUGAGCUAGUGUCUGAAAUAGCAAAAGAAUGCACACUAAGACCUAUUUUUGGCCCAUUGCAGUACCUUCAGUACACUAACGCCCAAUUUAAUGUAGAAGAUUAUAAUAGUAGAAGUUGCUCUAGUACACAAAUGACCGUUCAUUUAUUAAUGAAGCCAUACCUAACAGAAUGGAAUUCAUCAAUUACUGGAAUGAACUUUCCCGCCAGUAUCCCAGUGAGUCCUCUCUGCUGGCGUCCACCGUUACGGCGUCCACCAUACUGGCCCCCCUUCAUUCCCCGGCCCCCGCCUCAUUUUUUUACAGAUGUAUAAAGAAAAUUUUAAUACUAUUAUUUGAAAAUUCCGUAUUAAUAUCUGAAUAAUAUAUUUUUUAUAUUUUUGAAUGGAAUCUAAGCCUACACAGAGAUUGGCUAAAAUACAGACGUGAUUUGGCUGUGAAAGUAUUUUAUAAAUUUUGCUUCAUUUCACAAAAGAAAAUUUAAAUUUAUAACUUUCAAUAAGGUGUACAAAUCUAUUUGAUUUAGCCAAUAAGAAAUAUAUUCCAUAGAAAACAUAUUAGUAUACAUACUUGCUCACCUGUGAAUAUAUGUAUAUAUAUUGCAUCAUUUGCAAACCCGUUUGACUGAAAUUUAGUAUAUACCUAUAUUGUCCAAAAGCAGUCAAAAUGACUGUAUUGUAAAAGAAUAAUUA